CAUCCCUCCCUCUGUCCUCCAGCACCGGCUGCCAUCCUCUCUCCCUCCAUCUCUGCCCGGCUCCCCCACUCACAGCCCGACCCGGACCUCAAUGACCACACCAUGAUGACAGGUAUCGCCGCCGCCUCCUUCUUCUCCAAUGCCUGCCGCUUCGGGGGCUGCGGGCUCCACUUCACUACCCUGGCCGAGCUGAUCGAGCACAUCGAGGACAACCAUAUCGACACAGAUCCACGUGUCUUGGAGAAGCAGGAACUUCAACAACCAACAUAUGUUGCGUUGAGCUACAUCAACAGAUUCAUGACUGAUGCAGCUCGACGAGAACAAGAAACCUUAAAGAAGAAAAUCCAGCCCAAGCUCUCACUGACACUGUCAAGCUCUGUAUCCCGAGGAAAUGUGUCCACACCCCCACGUCAUGGGAGCGGCAGCCUCACCCCACCAGUCACCCCACCCAUCACUCCAUCUUCAUCAUUCCGCAGCAGCACCCCUACAGGUAGUGAGUAUGACGAGGAAGAAGUGGACUAUGAAGACUCAGAUAGCGAUGAAUCCUGGACCACAGAGAGUGCCAUUAGCUCUGAAGCAAUCCUGAGCUCCAUGUGUAUGAAUGGAGGGGAUGAGAAGCCAUUUGCCUGUCCAGUCCCUGGAUGUAAAAAGAGAUAUAAGAAUGUAAAUGGUAUUAAGUACCACGCCAAGAAUGGCCACCGAACACAAAUACGAGUUCGUAAACCCUUCAAAUGCCGCUGCGGGAAGAGUUACAAGACAGCUCAGGGUCUCCGUCACCACACAAUCAAUUUUCAUCCUCCCGUCUCUGCAGAGAUUAUCAGGAAAAUGCAGCAAUAA